CAAACGCGGAACUAAUCUUCUUCACCUAAUAAUUCCAGUGAAAUUCGUCGUAUUCUUUUUCGCUUUUCUUCUAAACGCAACAAGAAGCUAUCAGGAAGUUAAGAAAAUGCCGGAGAAACAAGUUGCACCUGUUAUUAAUAACCUGGAGGGUUUCGAAGAGAGUUUACCCGGUUAUCUAAGUUCCGAAAUUCCGGUUGCCGUACUCUUGGAUUAUGACGGAACCCUGGCCCCCAUUGCAGAUAAUCCCGCCAAAACCAAAAUGCCUGUGGAACUGGAAGCCAUACUUCACAAGAUAGCUAAGCAUCCCAAGGUUUUCCUGGCUGUGAUCUCGGGACGAGGUCUCAAAGAUGUCCAGAAGCAGGUGAAUAUCGAAGGAAUAACUUAUGCGGGAAAUCAUGGACUGGAAAUCGAGUAUCCCGAUGGCUCCAGGCACGAUUACGAGUUGCCGACCGAGAUCCAGAAAAACUAUACGGACAUGGUUCGGGAACUUAAGGAAAAGGUGGAGAAGAAUGGAGCUUGGGUGGAGGAUAAGAAAGUGUCACUCACCUAUCACUACAGAGAUACUCCCGUUGAACUGAAGGAUCAGCUAAAACAGUUGGCUUCGGAGAUCUGCAAAAAGUUUGGCUUCAGAGCGAAUCAGGCCCAUGAAGCCAUCGAAGCCAAGCCUCCAGUAAAUUGGAAUAAGGGAGAGGCCGCCUUGUAUAUCCUGAAACAGAAAUUUGGUGACAAUUGGUCACAGGAGGUCAGUGUUGUUUUUGCUGGCGAUGAUACCACCGAUGAAGAUGCCAUGAGGGUCCUCAGAGGCUUGGGUCGCUCUUUUAGAAUUUCUGCAGAUGCUCAUAUCCAAACAUUUGCGGAUUUCCGAUUGCCCAAACAGGCUGUGAUGACCGAUCUUCUCAAAUGGAUAGCUAAUGUUUAUGUUUCCUAGAUUUUAUCAUUUUUUAGAAACAAUG